AUGUUUGCGACUUUUUCAACAUCGACGCUGGACAACCUCGACGAUGCAGAGCCAAGGCCUAAGAGGCGACAAGUGCUUCGUGCAUGUGAAGCAUGCCGCAUCAAGCGCAGCAAGUGUGACGACUCUACCCCAUGUGCAGCAUGCGUUAGUCGGAAUUGGGUCUGCUCGCGCUCUGGCUCGAGUUCUGACGAGCCAAAGAGCCUUGCAUCGGCGUUGAUGCAAAUAUCAUCUCUCAAGGAGAAGAUCCGAGCAUUAGAAGAAUCGCAACCACAAGGAGCUAUAUUAUCACCACCUAGUUCAAACGCGGACACCUCGUCUGGCCGUGAUUAUAUUGUGGAAUGGAGAGAGAUCAUUGAAAGACGGCGCUUCUUGUGGCCUGAGGACCCGGUGCACUACGUGGAAAACGGGCAAACCUCAUACUUUGGCAAUUUUUCUACCGAAAGGUUCAUUACUCGCAUCAAAAACCACUGGGCUCGCUCCACGAACAAAGCAUCCAAUUUUAUAGACUAUUUCAACUUGCAAUCGCUGCCAACAAACUGUCGUCAGCCGCGAGACUUGUCUGAGCCGAGCAUCCUCGACAGCGGUAUGAUUCUCGAAAGCGAGGUUAUUUCAAGAACCCAACAACGGCAAUACGUUCGACAGUUUUGGGAUUUGCACCAUCCAUUGCUUCCGAUAAUUUGCGAAAAUGACUUUACAGAGUAUUUCGAAUCACUUUGGAUCCCUGCUUCGACACAGUCGGCGCAACGAACACGUGCGCCGUCCGCGCUGGUGGAUAUCGUUAUCGCCGUUUGUGCGUUGGCAAAAUCGCCAACUUCCAAGCAGCCUCUGGGUCAGCAGUCUCAGAAUUAUUCUCCUAGCAGCAAUAGUCUCGGGGCUCCCAGUAGCAACGGUCUUGGGGAGUUGACUGAUGCUAGUACUUCGGUAUGGCACUACCGCCGGUGUCAGCGACUGCUCGACGAUGAAUUGGAUAGACCAACUGCUUUUACAGUGCAAGCCCAGACUCUAAUGGCUAUAUAUCUCCACAGCACAUCUCGUAUAUCUGCUGCGUAUAACGUUCUCGGCACUGCAGUUCGUAUUGCAUAUAGCCUGGGUCUUCAUCGCGAUCCUCCAGCAAGCCUCGGAAUUACGAAGACUGAGCUUCGUCGGCGGAUUUGGUGGUCGCUUUAUGUUUUGGAUAGCAAGCUCUCGCUGGAACUGGGACGGCCGAUGGUUGUUGACUUGAACACAUCGAACUGUCAGCUGCCAGCAGAUGACGCGGAAACUGCUCGGAUUGCAUGCUUGCGGUCGUACUUCUCCACCCCGGAAAUGACAUGGUUGACAUAUAUGGUCCAUACUGCCAGACUCUGCACUAUCGUCCAAUCGAUUGCUGUCGAUGUCUACAAUGACGGUGUCAAGAAUAGCAGCACCUUUUACGCGUCAAACAUGAACAAACAGCACACUCCACCGAGCCUCAGCUCCACUGCAGAGCAUCUGGAAAAGAAAUUGGGUACCCUUCAAGCUUGGGUUGACGCCCUUCCCAGUGAUCUACGGCUUUCGCGAACUGGUGACCAAAAGGGACCAUCGACGGAAGUCUCCAGCUUGUAUUUCGAUCUGUAUGCACCUCGCUGGAUGCAAAACCAGCGGAUAUUCCUUGAGAUCGAAUACCACAAUGCCGUCAUGACACUGAUUCGGCCGCUUGUAGCUAUGGAUAUAGAGCGGGAGCAGAGCGAAAAUGUACUCCAAUCGCUUGUGAGCAAGCUUACAGGCCACGCCAGUGCUAUUAUUCAAAUAUGCCAUCAAUGCUCCUUGGAAACCGAUAUUUAUUCCGACCACCCGGAAUUGUCUUCCAUUGUGUGGACCGCUGCUGUCACGUUGCUCUACAGGUUGAAUAGCCUGCCAUCUUCGUCGGAAGACAGCAAGCGCAUUUCUAACAGCCUCUGCCUUGUGCCGGAGAUCCUUGAGAAUGUUGAUUGCAUAGACUCAACUGCCCUUGAAGUGAUGAUCCAUGUGCGCCAGUUACAGCAAAGCGGGGUCGUGGCCGGGUUUGGUUCCAAUAUGCAGGGCGAUGCAGCAGUUAGUCUGCCACUCGGUACCGGAAUGGACCUUGAGCAGCCCUUGAUAAUGCCUCCCUCUACCGCAGUCUCAAAUAAUGUUGCUCGUCUGGAUUUAGAGCUUGAUCUGACGCAGUCUAGCCCUGAAUGGGACCCUAGUUUUUGGUUGUCCAUGUCAAGACCUGGUUUAUGA